AGAUACAUUCACAUUAUUAAUGGUUUAAAGUUGCAACCAUUUUUGAAAAAUUUUGAAUGAUUUUCCAUUCAGAUACGGAUUAAUUAAAGAUCUCUUCUUCUCCUCGAACCUUCGGAGAUUUCAAUAAAACCCAUCCAUCACCAAUCCGCAAUGAAAACAAUGUGGACGAACUGAUAUUUAGUUUUUUUUAAUUUCCAAAACUUUUACCCUUCCAAGUUCAUUAUAUUGUGUUUUGGAAUUUCCCAUUUUACGUUAUUUCUUUUUAUUUUUUAUUUUAUUUUGUUUUUUUUUUAAUUUUUUUAUUAUUCCUCGGUUUAUUUUAACUAUUGACAUCCCAAAAUUCACACUACACUCCCUCACCUCAAAAAAAAAAAAUAAAAUAAAAAACAAAAAACCAAUCGAAAAAGAUUUUAUAUAAAAUACUUCCGCAUGUUCGCACAAAUUGAGAACGCCUCCGUUCAUAAAUCAAAAUUAAAACAAAAGCCUUACCAUUGGAACAGCAAAAGCACCAGAAGUAGCAGCAACAGCAGCAGUAGCGGCAGAAAAAUAAAUCAAAAUUAAAAUCAAUAAAAAAUAAUGUAUUUGUUCAAAACAAUAAAUCAAAAGGAUGUCAACAAUUCGACGUUGCUAUCGGCGUAUGCCAAACAAUGCCCUGCCAGUAGCCGGAGGAGUCAACCAAAAACCUCGGCCCAAAGUCAAAAUAAAAGAUCAUCUCUGCUCGAGUCCAUAUUACCCUUAUCCCUGACAGGUGGUACCGAGGUUGGGAACGGAUCUGAUGAAUCGUCAGCGGAAACCCCUUCGGCAUCAGCGUCAUUGUCAGAUUUCAAAUUACCAUCGUCCUUACCCGCGAAUGUAAGAAAUAGUACGAAAGUGUUGCCGUCGUUGUCGAGAAUAAUGUCGUCAUCAUCGUCGUCGUUAUCGUCACCGCCGCCGCGACUGUCAUCAAAGCGUUUUCGGACAAAUUGUAAAAAUAAUUUUGAAAAACAUUUUUGUACAUAUGUGAUUGUUGUUGUAGUAUUUUUAUGUGGUUUUCAAAUAUCCAAUGUGAAUUGUUUAACGAAUAAUUCUUCUUCGUCGUCGUUGUCAUCACAUCAAAAUUCCAUACAAUUUUAUAAUAAUAAUAGUUCAAAAACUACAAAUAGUAGUAAAAAUGUAAAUAAUAUAAAUAAUAUAAUUAAUGAAAAUGAUGAUAAAAACAACAAUGGCAGCAUUUUAUCGAUUGACAACGAAUUAAUCGGCAAAUUGAGCAGCAGUAGUGAAAAUGAUAGCAAUAAAAUCAGUCUCAAUGAAAAUGAAGAUGCAAUGAAUGCGAUAUUUAGUGAAUUUAGUGACGCAUUUCAGGGUCUUAACCUACAACAAACAACAAGUGAUGAUAGUUAUAGUGAUUUUAAUACGGAUAGCUUAAGUAAUAAGCGCAAACUACCACAGAUGCCAGUUUAUUUGAAUGAAUUUGCUGUGCAUAUACCGGCUGGUUGGGAAGUGGCCGAUGCAAUUGCCUCAAAAUAUGGAUUCACAAAUAUGGGACAGAUCGGCAGCUUAAAGAACUAUUACCUAUUUCACCAUAGACACAUUUCCAAGCGUUCCCUAAGCAUCAGUGAUUCACACCACAGCGCCUUAAAAUCAGAACCCGAGGUCCGAUGGAUGCAACAGCAACACGAAAAGCUGCGUCCCAAACGCGACUACAAACCCGAAUACGGAAUACCUGUCGAUUACAAUCCCUACGAGGUGUUAAGGCCCUCCGGAACGGGCUACGAUCGUGUGGUCUACCAGCCAUCAGCAAGUGGGCCAUCGGCCGUACAUCGACCGACGUCAUCUCUAAUGCGCCAUCCAAGAAUUCAGUACAGAGACGCUGGGCCGCACAAUAUUUUUCCAGAUCCUUUAUUCAAGGAGCAGUGGUACUUGGUGAGUAAAAACGGUGGCGCCAAAGAUGGUCUGGAUAUGAAUAUUGGACCAGCUUGGCAAAAAGGAUACACCGGAAAGGGCGUCGUCGUAUCCAUACUAGAUGAUGGCAUCCAAACAAAUCAUCCCGACCUUGCACAAAACUAUGAUCCGGAUGCUUCUUAUGACAUAAACGGUAACGACUCGGAUCCAACACCCCAAGAUAAUGGCGACAACAAACAUGGCACCAGGUGUGCGGGUGAAGUAGCCGCUGUAGCAUUUAAUAAUUACUGUGGAGUUGGUGUAGCAUACAAUGCUAGUAUUGGUGGCGUCCGGAUGUUAGAUGGCAGCGUUAAUGAUGCCGUCGAAGCGAAAGCACUUAGCUUGAACCCCCAACAUAUCGAUAUUUAUAGUGCCUCAUGGGGACCUGAAGAUGAUGGUUCAACGGUUGAUGGUCCUGGCCCAUUGGCAAGGCGUGCAUUCAUUUAUGGUGUAACGAGCGGUCGGCAGGGCAAAGGUUCGAUAUUUGUUUGGGCAUCUGGCAAUGGCGGACGUUAUACAGAUUCAUGCAAUUGCGAUGGUUAUACAAAUUCAAUAUUCACCCUGUCAAUAUCGAGUGCCACACAAGGCGGAUUCAAACCCUGGUAUCUGGAAGAAUGCUCCUCAACACUAGCGACAACCUACAGUUCAGGUACACCAGGUCAUGAUAAGAGUGUUGCAACUGUCGAUAUGGAUGGAAGAUUACGUCCUGAUCACAUUUGCACCGUUGAACACACCGGAACAUCUGCGUCAGCUCCUUUAGCAGCUGGUAUCUGUGCUCUAGCUCUGGAAGCAAAUCCAAAUCUAACAUGGAGAGAUAUGCAAUAUUUGGUGGUAAUGACUUCACGACCUGAACCAUUGGAAAAAGAAAGUGGUUGGAUAAUAAACGGAGUUAAACGAAAAUACAGUCACAAAUUCGGUUAUGGUCUUAUGGAUGCUGGUGGUAUGGUCAGUUUGGCUGAACAAUGGACUUCGGUGCCUCCACAACACAUUUGCAAGUCUCGAGAAAAUAAUGAAGAUCGUAAAAUAGAAGGAAGCUAUGGAUAUACUCUGCAAACGCAUAUGGACGUUAACGGUUGUGCUGGAACCAUCAAUGAAGUUCGCUAUUUGGAACAUGUUCAGUGUAAGAUAACUUUGAGAUUCUUCCCUCGUGGAAAUCUUCGAAUUCUACUCACAUCACCAAUGGGAACAACUAGUACACUUCUCUUUGAACGACCUCGAGAUAUUGUGAAGUCCAACUUUGAUGAUUGGCCAUUCUUGAGUGUGCAUUUCUGGGGUGAAAAAGCUGAAGGUCGAUGGAAUUUACAAGUGAUAAAUGGCGGACGAAGACGUGUUAAUCAACCGGGUAUAUUGUCCAAAUGGCAGCUGAUAUUCUACGGAACAGCUGUAAAGCCUGUUCGACUAAAGGGUGACCUACAAGAUCAAUCACGCAGAGGGCAAGGUCUAAAUCCAUACGUGUUUCCCACUGAUUCCGAUUUGGGACAACCUACUGGAGGAUUCUUCAAUACCGAUCAAUAUGCUGGAUAUUUGAAUUAUCAAAAUCUUUUCACUGGAGCUGGAAGUAAUCCGGAGAAGGCUGUUGCCACAGUCGAUGGGCAUAAUAUUCCAACACCGCAACGACAAAAUGUUAUGGCUGAUUCGAAUAAUAAACUGGUUUUGCAUGAUUGCGAUCCAGAGUGUGAUUCGCAGGGAUGUUAUGGUCGUGGACCGACUCAGUGCGUUGCAUGUAAACACUACCGACUUGAUAACACCUGUGUUAGCCGUUGCCCACCACGAAGUUUCCCCAAUCAAGGAGGUGUUUGUUGGCCAUGUCAUGAGUCUUGCGAAACAUGCGCUGGCGCUGGACAAGACAGCUGCUUGACGUGUGCUCCAGCCCAUUUACACGUUACCGAUUUGGCUGUCUGUCUACAAUUGUGUCCUGAUGGUUACUAUGAAAAUUACGACAACAAAACUUGUGUCCCAUGCGAAGCUAAUUGCGCUUCAUGUCAGGAUAGACCCGAUUAUUGUACCAGUUGCGACCAUCAUUUGGUUAUGCACGAACACAAAUGCUAUUCGGCUUGUCCACUUCACACCUAUGAGACUGAAGAUUACAAUUGUGCAUCCUGCCAUUCGUCUUGUGCCACAUGCAAUGGCUCAUCGGAGUCCCAGUGUAUAACAUGUCGUUCGGGGCGGUAUGCGUUGGAUGGCAAAUGUUUAAAUAGCUGCCCGGAUGGUUACUAUUCGGACAAAAAGCGGCAGGAGUGUGUGGCCUGUCCUACGGGCUGUGCAACAUGUAGCAGUAAUGGAUUUUGCCUGAGCUGCAAGGAUAACUGGAUGAAGAAUAAAAAGGCAAAAUGCAUCGUAAACGGAAGUGAAAAUUGCGAUGAAUCUGAAUACUAUGAUAAUGGCCAUUGUCAUCCAUGCCAUUCAACUUGUGAAUCCUGCGACGGUCCAACGGAACGAAAUUGCCUCAGUUGUCCGCAAAGUCUGCUACUGCAAACAAAUCGAUGCGUUAGCACCUGUGACGAAGGAUUCUACAUGGAAGCCGGUGUAUGUGCCAAAUGCCUGCACACAUGCACUCAAUGUGUAUCCCGGAUGAACUGUACAACAUGUGCCAAAGGAUUGCAAUUACAAAGUGGCGAGUGCAGGACUACUUGUGCGGAUGGAUAUUACAGCGACCGUGGCACCUGUGCCAAAUGCUAUCUAAGUUGUCACACUUGCAGUGGACCGAGACGUGACCAGUGUGUACAAUGUCCUGCUGGUUGGCAAUUGGCCAGUGGCGAAUGUCAUCCUGAAUGUCCGGAGGGUUUUUAUAAAUCAGAAUUCGGUUGUCAGAAAUGUCAUCACUAUUGCAAAACGUGCAACGGUGCUGGUCCAUUGGCAUGCACAGCAUGUCCACUUCAUUUCAUGUUAGACGGAGGCCUCUGCAUGGAAUGCUUGGGAUCGCAGUUCUAUGAUUCACCAACACAGACGUGCAAAACAUGCCAUGAAUCGUGUCGUUCGUGCAGCGGUCCUGGCCAAUACUCCUGUCAAACUUGUGCAUUCCCUCAACACCUGGAUCGUCUCAAUAAUCAAUGUGUGCCUUGCUGUCCAACAGAUUCAACCCCCGAGGAUCAAUCCUGUUGUCAUUGUGAUAAAGAGAGUGGUGGAUGCAUCAAUGCUUCACCAGCUGGUAAGCGUAGAAUAGCCGCUGGAGCAGAGCAACAAUUCGGUAGCCCAUAUAACAGUUUUGAUGAUGGCUCUUCGAAUGGUGUCCUGUCACGUGUUGGUUCACCUCUUACGACAAUUACGGCUAUUGCGGUUGCCGGAUGUCUCCUCAUUGUCACUGUGUUUGCUGUCAUCUUUGCCAUCUUACAGCGUUCCAGCAACAAUUCCCUGAAUAAAAAUCACAACGGUGUGCGAUAUAAUAAACUCCCAUCGAAAAAGAAGAAAAAUCGGCGAAAUUCCUCCUCAACUUUCUUAAAAAUGGAUGAAGGCGAAGAUGAUGAUGAUGAUGUUGACGACGAUGAAGAUGAUAAUGACAACAAUGGUGAUUAUGACGAAGACGAUGAUAAUAUUGAUGAAAACGAUCAAAUUAGCCAAAAUGAUGAAGACGAUGAAAACGAAGUGAACGAUGAAGAAAAAGGUCAACGUAAUUUCAAAAAAUGUAAAUUAUUUUCAUCAUCAAAAAAACAACAAAAACAAGACCAAAACAUCACAACUGAAGAAGAUGAAGAACAACAACCAAUAUUAGAACGUGUACCUUUAACAACAAGAACUAAAUCCAAUUCCAACAGAACAAAAAACACCUCAAGGCUUUUAGCCAAAAAGAAUCAAAUAUCUAACAAAAAUAAUAAGAAUUUUAAUAUCAAAGAAGAUAUUAUAGAUGAAAAUGAAGAAGUUAGUUUUCGAAAAACUGAAGUUGACGAAUUGACAUUUAACCUGCGAACAUAGAAAUGAAGAAAAAUUAUUGAAAAAUAAAAAAAUCCUUAAAUCAAAAUUAAGACGAAAAAUUUAAUAUUAAAAAAAAAAAA